GAGCUAUACAAGAAUUUCAAACCGAGGGCUGUGAUUGGUUGAGGGUUUCGAUUCAUGACUAGUCUUUUUCAGUAGCUAGCCUUGUGGUACGUCAGACAUCGUGUGCUGCUAGAUUGCUUAAAAGCAGGAGAAGCUUGAAUUAACCAAAUCUUUUCACAAGGUUAACCAACAUUUAAUAAUGAAGUUCGUGAGGUUUAUUAUGCAGAAUGCAGCCUUGGCCAGUGUACCUAAACACAUCGAGCACUUCUCGAAAUUUUCACCAUCUCCUCUGUCUAUGAAGCAGUUUCUUGAUUUUGGUUCAACAAAUGCAUGUGAAAAAACUUCAUUCGUCUUCUUGAGGCAAGAGCUCCCAGUGCGUCUGUCCAACAUCAUGAAAGAAAUUAACUUACUCCCAGACAGGUUGCUUACUACUCCGUCAGUUCAGACGGUGCACGGCUGGUAUGUUCAGAGUUUGAUGGAGAUCCUGGAGUUUUUGGAUAAAAGUCCCACUGACCACCGGGUUCUGGGAGAGUUUGUGGAAACCCUGGUGAAUAUCAGAAAUAGACAUAAUGAUGUUGUUCCUACAAUGGCCCAAGGUGUGAUUGAGUAUAAAGAAGCUUUUGGUCAAGAUCCGCUUACUAAUCAGAACAUCCAGUACUUCUUAGACCGAUUCUACACGAGCCGAAUAUCCAUCCGUAUGCUUAUCAACCAGCACACCCUAAUCUUUGAUGGCGCCACAAAUCCUGUUCAUCCCAACACAAUUGGAAGUAUUGAUCCUCACUGUCAAGUAGUAGAAGUUGUCAAAGAUGCCUAUGAGAGUGCCAAGAUGCUCUGUGACCAGUAUUACCUCAGCUCUCCUGAGCUGGUGCUGCGAGGACACAACAUUAACAACAUGAACCUGCCUAUUAGCAUAGUGUAUGUGCCUUCCCAUCUGUACCAUAUGCUGUUUGAGUUAUUCAAGAACGCUAUGAGGGCAACUAUUGAAAGCCAUAAUGAAGGCAGCAAUCUUCCACCUAUUGAAGUUAUGGUGGCUAUUGGUGGAGAGGACCUUUCCAUCAAGAUGAGUGACAGGGGUGGUGGCGUCCCUUUCAGGAAGAUGGAAAAUCUUUUCAGCUACAUGUAUUCAACUGCCCCAACUCCUCAGAUUGGCCAGCAAAUAACUCCUCUGGCUGGCUUUGGUUAUGGGUUGCCAAUCACGCGCCUCUAUGCAAGGUAUUUCCAGGGAGACCUUCAACUCUACUCUAUGGAAGGCUACGGCACUGAUGCUGUUAUUCACCUGAAGGCUUUAUCCACUGACUCUGUGGAAAGGCUUCCAGUGUAUAACAAGACAGCUCUACGGAACUAUAAAGUGAGCCAGGGAGCAGACGAUUGGUGUGUGCCAAGUAGAGAGCCCCUGGAUCUGGCAGUAUUCCGGCUGGCCAAAUGAAGACCUUCUGCUUGUCUGGAGUCUCCUGGCUCAAAAUAAAUACAGUCCUAGCAUUAAGCAUCUCACAUGGGGACCAGAAAGAGCAAUACGGUGUCGGCUUGAAGCCGGACACUCAACAUGAAGCCUUAUGGUGUCUCUUGUAUCACUAGUUUAUGCAUGUAAUGGCUUUACAUCUGCAUCAUAAUCUGCACCCAUGAAUAGUUUUUUGUGGUUUGCGAAAAAUCUUUUUUUCCACAGUGUUAGACCAAGCAUGCAUGAGUGAGAGUGUCCAAAAAAAAAAUCCAAAUGGUCAGUCGAAGAUUACAGCUCUCUUUUAUGAAAGGUUUCAGUGUGGGAGCGCCUGAGCUGCUAACUUUGUUAGUGUGUAGGUGGACGACAGCAUGAUCUUCCAGGGCAGAUGGUGGAGUCAGUGUGCAGUAUAAGACCUGAGCAGAGCAACUUCAUGAGAGACAUGAUAGAAAAGGCCAAAAUGAGUUGUUAUUGAAAGUCAAAUAUGAAUAAUACAGCGAUUUGUAUAAGAGUACAAUCUCAGUAUUGAGUUAUAACAUCAUCAGUUAUAAUGUCAUCAGUGGUUAAUGCAGGGAGUAUAUUGUUGAACAUCCAUCUUCCAAGUCAGAUGAUGACAUAGUGGAUUAGUCUACAUUGAUUAGAAGAAAAGUGGCCCAUAUUUAGAGACCAGAAUUGAAAACCUCUGGGUUCAUGAAUCACCUCAGUGAUGUGACAUGUCCGUAUUAUAAAGCUAGACAAAAUAAUACUGCUGCAACAGUGUUUACAUAGAAAGCUUCAUAUUUUUGUUAUGAGCUUUUCAAAACCAGCGUCUCUUUGUUGUUGAUUUCAUUCAUAUGCAUUCUCAAUUAUAUGUUAUACUGCUAUAUUGUAUUCUUAAUUGUUGUAUGUAAGGCCAGUCAACAAGAAGAUAUUCUUCCAAUUUCAAACAUUUUUUGUGCCUCUACUUUUGGAAUUGUAUUUACUGUAUUAAACGAACCAGCUGUUCUGAACUUGAACCAUGCAACUCUUAAGUAUUCUUAUAUAAUAAUUUAUAUAAUAAAAAACUAUUUUCCAUUGUAUCUAUUUUGAAUGUAAAUAUAAUGGAAAUAAACAUGACAUUUCAUUACA